CGCACGUAACGGGACAGGACGGCCUGCGUGGAGACGGAGCGCGUUCAGCGGGGACACAGCGGACUGAACUGCAGCACCGUCCUCACCGACCAUUUUGCUCUUUCUGGAAAAGCAGGGUCUGAAGCCACUGAAUCGUGUGAGCACAGAAGACCAAACAUAGACAUGGGGUUCAGAGGCACAAUAACAGACGCUGCAGACUUUGAUCCCAGUGCUGAUACUGAGACUCUUUACAAUGCCAUGAAAGGCAUCGGGAGUGAUAAGGAGGCAAUCUUAGAUCUGGUCACCUCCAGAAGCAACCGGCAGAGGCAGGAAAUCAUUUCAGCAUACAAAUGCAGCUUUGGAAAGGACCUGAUUGACGAUCUGAAGUAUGAGCUGACGGGAAAAUUCGAACGCCUCAUCGUCAGUCUGAUGAGAACCCGGGCCUACCACGACGCCAAGGAAAUCCACGAUGCAAUCAAAGGAGCUGGAACAGAUGAGAAAUGCAUGAUUGAAGUCCUGGCAUCUAGAACCAACAAACAAAUACAUGAAAUGGUUACAGCAUACAAAGAUGCUUACGGCAGAGAUAUAGAGGAGGAUGUGAUCGGAGACACUUCAGGUCACUUUAAGAAGAUGCUGGUUGUUUUACUGCAGGGGACCAGAGAUGAGUCCGGAGUGGUGGAUGCAGAUCUGGUGGAGCAGGACGCACAAGACCUGUUUGCUGCUGGUGAAGCACAAUGGGGUACUGACGAAGCCAAAUUCAUCAUGAUACUUGGAAAUCGCAGUGUGACACACCUACGCAUGGUGUUCGAUGCCUAUGAGAAGGUUGCAGAGAUGUCCAUAGAGGACAGCAUAAAGAACGAGCUGUCAGGGGACUUUGAGAGGUUGAUGUUGGCUGUAGUGCAGUGCAUAAGGAGUGUUCCCAUGUUCUUCGCCAAGCGUCUUUACAAGUCGAUGAAGGGUCUUGGUACAGCAGACAACACUCUGAUCAGGAUCAUGAUUUCUCGCUCCGAAAUAGACAUGUUGGACAUCCGCGAGUGUUUCCGCCUCAGUUACGAAAAAUCACUUUAUAACAUGAUCAAGGAUGACACAUCAGGGGAUUACAAGAGGACUCUGCUCAAGCUGUGCGGAGGAGAUGACGAUUUAGCCGGAGAGUUCUUCCCUGAAGCGGCUCAGAUAGCCUACAAGAUGUGGGAAUUAAGUGCCAUGAAAAAAGUCCAGUUGAGGCCAACAGUCUUCCCUGCAGCCAAUUUCGACCCUUCAGCUGAUGCACAAGCACUGAGAAAGGCUAUGAAGGGAUUUGGAACGGAUGAAGAUGCGAUCAUUGAUAUUGUUGCACAGAGAAGUAAUGCCCAGAGGCAAGAGAUCAGACAAACCUUCAAAUCACUACUUGGAAGGGACCUGAUGAAGGACCUGAAGUCUGAACUGUCAAAGAACUUGGAGAGGCUGAUCAUUGGGCUCAUGUUGACCCCAGCAGAGUUUAACGCCAAAAUGAUGAGGAAGGCAAUGGAGGGUGCCGGCACCGAUGAGCACUCACUGAUUGAGAUCUUGGUCACAAGGAGCAAUGAGGAGAUAAAUGCCAUGAACGCCGCCUAUAAGAGCACCUACAAGAAGACUUUGGAAGAUGAUAUUCAGUCAGAAACCUCAGGCCACUUCUGUCGUAUCCUCGUUUCCCUCGUGCAGGGUGCACGGGAGGAGGGCCCUGCAGAUAUGGAGCAAGCCAACGCAGAUGCUCAGGAACUAGCGGAUGCUUGCAACGCAGACUCUGACGACAGAGUGAUGAAGUUCAUGAGCAUUCUGUGCACCAGGAGCUUCCCUCACCUUCGAAAAGUGCUGCAGGAAUUUGUGAGAUACACCAAUAAGGACAUUGAGCAGAUUAUCAAGAAGGAGAUGUCCGGAGAUGUCAAAAAUGCCUUUUAUGCAAUAGUUCGCAGCGUAAAGAAUCAACCCUCUUAUUUUGCCGAUCGCUUGUACAAAGCAAUGAAGGGCCUCGGUACAGAUGACAGAGCGCUGAUCCGUAUCAUGGUGUCCCGUAGCGAGAUCGACCUUUUCAAUAUUCGCAAAGAGUUCAAGGAAACGCACGACACCUCCCUGCAUGAAUUCAUCCAGGUAGAAACCAUGAUUGGCGAUACCUCAGGAGAUUACCGAAAAACCUUACUCAUGCUUUGUGGAGGAGAAGAUUAAAGCUGCCAUGUCUCAGGAGUGAGAAACCACCGAGACAAGUGCGCAUUAGUGCCCACAAAGUAAAAUUCCUCGGCCAAACCCAGCUGACCUAUGACCUCUCCCAGCCUUCUAUGCCAGUUUUCUGUUGCCAUUUCUAAAUCUUCCUCAGAAAUGGUGUGAUUAUUUCUGUUUAGCAGAGUCGUGUAAAAUGGGAUUGUUGGUGAUAAUGUUGGGGAAUGAAUGGAGCAAAUGUUCAGCUAGUGCCUUCACUUGUCAGCUAUCCAAAGAUGACUGUAAUUUUGAGGUAACAUAUACCUGAAUAUAAAUAAACAAACAUUGAAACAU